AUGUCGGGCUUGGAGAUUCUAGGGGCUGUGGCAAGCUCCAUAGCUCUGGCGCAAGCAGUGAAAGGAACACUCAAGGCUGUCGACUUCUUGCGGCAGAACUCUGAAAUUCUCAUGAUUGAAUGCUUCAUUAUGCAAGCACAGCAACAGGCGGACCCAACAAUGCUAGCGCAACGGCUUCUUGGAUCAACAGAACAUUCCUUAGUCUCUUUGGCGGUAGAAGAGCUCGAGGAUAUAUUGAAAGAACUCAAUCAUGUCGUGGAAAAGUACUCGAACUAUCGUAAAUUGAAUGACCCCAAACGCUUCAUGGAUAAAGUGAAGUGGUUCUCUGAAGCUAACAAGAUCGACGAACUUCGCGAGAGAUCUCAGGCGAGAAAGUCAAACCUAUUUAUGGCCAUCACAUUCCGGGUCUCUCCAAUUGUAGAUCAUGGUAGUAUACGCCAAGAAGUUCUCUUUCAUCGUGUGACGCAACAGUUAAUAUACUACAUGCACCAAUACCGGCAUAUCAGCCAAACACUACACACCCUACCUGAAACGUCCAACACAGCUUCUUUGAGCUCAGUGGUAGCCCAACAGCCUCAUAAUCACGAAGCAAAAGACCGUGACGUAGUCCGUUUAACGAACCUAUCUAUGACAGAGACUGACGGCUAG